AUGGCGAGGCUAAGCAAUCGUCAAGCGAGGCCAAGCUUACUCAACAACGACGACAGGACGCCAUGGCUGGGGAGGCCGACCUCGCCGAGCGAUCGUGGCUCGAUCUCGCCCAGCGGUGGCAAUGCCGGUGGGCUUUCAAAGCGUGCCAAGUUGGGGAUACUCCUCGGCCUCGUGUUGCCCUCGCUUCUUUGCAUUUCCGGACUCGCGUUCUACUUAAGCUGGCGCGCUCGAGUCUCCGAGCAUCGCGAUCCUCUCGAUCAACGUCCUAAUGGCAACAACCACGAAAACGACGCGGCAGACACCACAUCUCCUUUGAGUCCUUCGAGAGAAACUCGACACGCCUCCAAUGGCAUCACGGGCAUCGAUUUAGCUACGAUAGAAUCUUAUCCGAAGAUUCGAAUCGAUGACGAUGGACAAGUACCCAGGCCGAACGACAACGUUUGCACAAUAUGCUUGUCAGAGUACCAGCCCAAGGAAAUGCUCCGGACCAUCCCCAAGUGUGGACACUACUUCCAUGCACAGUGCAUCGAUUUGUGGCUCAGGCGGAACGCUUCAUGCCCGUUGUGCCGCGAUCACAAGGGGUCUUCCGAUUCGAUGACAGCAAGCAAUUGAAAUUAAGUCACCAUGUGGAUUGGAGAGGAACAUGGUAACGCACAGCUGUUGGCAGUUUUCUCUUUGGAUGUUCAUCUCCUCACGCAGCGUAAGUACACAU